AUGUCACGUCAGGAAGAUGGUGGAAAAUCACCUUCGCUCCAAGAAUUGAGUACGUUGGACCUGAUCAAGAUACUGUCUUCCAAGCUCGAACAAAGUGACGCUCACGAACGCAUACUUUAUCUCAAGAAUCUUGAGGGGCUGAUCAAGGCAGCCGAGACUACGGUUCAAGCUGGGCGGCGCGACCUGAAUGCCCGCGUCGCGAUCAACCAUCUUCCUGCCGAAGUACUCCAGGAGAUAUUCGUGACCACUUGCACCGUCAAGCUAGCUGAAUACAGAUCUAAACACUAUCGGUGCAACGACGUAACGACCAUAUGGAACCCAACUUGGAUUGAAAAGGGCAGAGCAGUCAGUCUUAUGCUUGUCUGCUAUCAUUGGAAAGAGAUCGCCUUGGGGGUCCGGGAGCUCUGGAAUGGCAUUGAAACAUAUUGGGAAUGUGAAGAUCGUAUCUUGCUGGAGAUGUCCGGCCGAGGUCCGCUCAAGGUGCUGGCUUGCGAUGAAUUGGAACCCUCUUGUGCUGUUAUGCAUGCUCUCCAAAAGAUGGAGCAUUCAUCCCGAAUCCAAGAGUUGUACUGGAUAACGCCCUCAGAGAAUGACGAAGAAUACCUUCGAAAAUGUCUUCGAAUGCCAGCGCCCUCGCUGAGGUCUCUUGCGUUGCAAGGUGACUGGAGUGCCACGCCAGAUGGAUCACUCAAGCUCUUCGACAACCACACCCCGUGUCUGGAACACCUGUCACUAUCAAAUGUGAAUUGGCUGCCCAGCAAUGCGUUCGUCAAACUGACAUUCUUGGCUAUCGAUCAAUGCUUUGUACCCAAAGCUCCGAUCAAAUUACGCAGCUUGCUGUCUGGAACACCAAACCUAGUCGAUCUCAUCCUGCGCGGUGUGGCUGACAGUAGCUACCCGCACGUUCGAGUGGAAAUUGGGGCUGCGGGCAUGAAGCCGGUGUCGUUAACUCGGUUGCGCCGGUUACUGAUCGCGGACAUGCGGGCCGAUGAUAUCGACUACGUCUUCCGGGACGCUCGCCUUAACGAAGACCUGUCCAUUUCAAUCAAAGAUGUGAAAGGGCGUGAUGAUGAGCAGCGACUUUUCGAAGUGGUAUCCAAUUGGUCGUUGAAUGCCCUGAAGCAUCCCAAAGGACUGCAUUUCCAGCAGCACGUCGCCAUCGUCACUGGAGCCUCUUCUGGUCUCCGUUUUGAGUGGGGGAGGCAUCGCCGCGAGGGUUGGACCAAAUUCGACUGGUCACGGAUCCUUCCCCUUUCCAGCAUCUCGCACUUGUGCAUAUUCGAGUUGGACGCAUGCAAUCAAGUCCGCAACCUUCUUAGGCAGAUGACCGCAGUUGAGACAUUGUUCGUCAAGAUCAAGAGCCUGACGAAGAUCAUUGAUGCACUCACAUUCUUCCGAGACCCGACAGACCCGCCUCUCUGUCCCGCACUGACUACGCUGCGUAUCGCCAUCCGGAAAGAUAGUGACUGUGACAUCAUCAUGAGCUCAGUCGUCCCGCAUCGUGCGCAGUUUGGCGUAAGACACCUGUAUGUCGAACUGGUCAAUCCUGAGAAUGGGCACUGGACACCUCGUCAAACUGUGAAGCACCGGCUGCAAGGCGCUUUCAAGUCGGUGAAUUUUGAGACGUCGUUUUACGAUAAGGCGUACGGCAUUACUUUGCCGCUGGUUUGCGAUGAGGAGGCGCAUGCUUUGUGGCCUCCCUGGCUUUAA